ACGACAACCCCGGCGGAUUUUGCCGCUACCACCAGUCCGAGCUUCACACCAACGAGCAGUGUCGUCUCCAGCAGCAACUGCGGCGCGCGCGUUCGAGAGAGGGCGCCGCGGAACACCGCUCGGGCGGCGGCAGCCUCGGUGGCGGCGGUAGCCAGCGAGGGGGUAGACCGCCGCUGGGGCCAGGCCGCGGUGGCGGCCGAUGGGUGAGGCUAGAAGGGCAGCAGCACCACACCGGUCAUGGUGGCGGUGGCUGGAGCCAAGCCUCACCCCCCCCGAGACCUCUUCGUGGACGUAGUGAAGGAGAUUUUGUUUUUGAGGCAGAUUUGGCGUUUCAUGUUGCCGCAGGUCGGCAUGCCGUGCAUCCCCGUCUUCGAGGAUAACCAGGGGGCGAUUCAACUAGCGCAGAACCCCAUCUCAAACUCAAACUCGAAGCACAUAGAUGUAAGGCACCAUUUUCUCAGGGAACUGGUAGAGAGGAAGGAAAUUUCGGCCAUCCACGUGCCGUCGCCGUACCAGCAUGCAGACUUUCAUACAUACGAAGAGUUUGUCGAAGGAUGCUUUCGAACCUCACCGUGAUUUGUGAUGAAUUUGGCAUGAACAUUUUUUUGUUUUUCUGAUGGAUUGUGUUUUGGUCUUGUUCUGUUUCCCGUUUUGUUUCAUUUCCCGCGCCAAGUAUUUGUCAAGCGCGAUGCAGCAUUCAUGUUUCAUUGAAUUGUUUUCUUCUCUUAUAUUAUUCUGGUCAAGUCUUCAUGGUAUAUAUUGUGGGAAAGACGUCUUUUGGUUGAGAUGUCGGGUGUUAGCGAAGUUUUCAGUGAGAAACUGUUGCGAGCAGGGGGGAUGUUAGAUAUACUCGCAGCAGUAUCUGGUCGUGAGGAUCCCAGGGGGACAAGUGUCAGGAAUUUCGUGUGUUGAAGGGUACCACCGGCGCAGUCACGGGGACCCUUUGGGCGUGGUCGGUGCGAUGAUGAGGAAGGCUUGCGUGCGUGCUGCGCACUUCCUCUUCUUCUUCUUCUUCCCUCUCUCUCCACCACCACCACCGUCU